UUUUUGUUGUUGAAGGGAGCUCUCAGAGAUAAAAUGCAUUCUAUCUUCUUCUUUAUUCUAGCUUCUAAUACAUGGAAAUCAGUAUAUUACUGAACUAGUGAAGAAAGUGUACCCAAGACCGGCAUGGUCAGUGAUGGUCAGAAAUCACAUGGGUCAGCAUGAGUGCAGACAUGCAGUUUGGAUAUAUGUUUUGAAUGUCUCUAUCCGUACAUGGCAUACGAAUAAUGGGGCACUUUAUUUUAGAGGUAAAACAAAGUGUGCUGGCCUAUCAAAGACCUUAAUUUUGAUGUGUGUGCAACGGACAUUAAUUAAGGCUGAUCAUCUUGUCUGCUGGCACAGUGGGUAGCCUUGCAGCUCAGUGCAAACUGAAAGCAAUGUGAAACAAGACUGAGCAUUUUUAAAUUAUUCCUCUGGGCUGAUACCGCGCACUGACUUUGUGAAGAGCUUCCAGCCACAGCAAAAGAUACAUACUAAAGUACAUAAAUCUCAGAGUGACUUGAUUUAGGCACCUCUGGAUUUUGGAAGCAUGUGGUUCAGCUGAUUUUUUCAUGCAUUGUAAAAUAAAGAACACCAGGUCUGCAGUGAUCGCAUUUUAUGAGGAAAGAUGCCGCACUUCAGUGGAGAGUAUCCAACCCUUGCCCUCAUCCAGUCUGUUUUCUUCUUCUGUUGUAAAGGAAUGAUAGAAGGCAUUAUUAUUAUUUUAUUCAUCUGGUUACUAUUUCAAGUCCUAUUCACAAAGAAUCUUGAAGUGCACCUACAGAUCCUUCUUGGUGUUGGACUGGCAUUUUUGUGCUUCUGCUUAAUUAUUGGGUGCAUAUUGUGCUGGUGGAGAGGCAGGCAUCGUAACCACAGUGACCUCACAGACAAAGAAACCUCAGAACGCAUUGUGCUGGACCCCAGUGCAACUUUACCAGUGAAAACCACCACCCCUGUUAAACAGCAGUAUGAGGAGAUGGAUGGUGAAAUUAUGGAUUAUCCACAGCAUUCAGUCCUGAGCUUAUCAGGGCAUAAAGCUGCUGUCUCACUUAAACCUUUGACCCGUGGUAGGGCCUCUUUACCGAUCCUUCCCAUGCCUCCCAAGCAGAGUUUGGAGUCUAAAACUAAGCAAAUUCUAGAGAGGCGAUGUACUCUUUCUGGUAAUUGUCUGUAUGAUGAAUACACUAAACUGUACAGCUCCAGUACAAAGCUGGUGAGUCCCGAGACAAUGACGAAGGUACACCUGUCUCACACAGUACCACAAGAUAUGUCUGGUUUCGUACAGAAGAAGAAGCCAGCACUUCAGUUCACCCUGUUUUACUCAGCUUAUGAUACAACUUUAACCAUCACCAUACUUGGGGUUUCUAAUCUACCAAAGAGGUUUAAAAACUGCUGUGAUUCAUACGUCAAAGUGUACCUACUUCCAAAGUUUAUUGAACCCCAGCAAACUCUAAUCCAGCGAAAAAGUAUGAAACCUAAAUUUCAGGAGUGUUUCCAGUUUUCAGGAUAUAGUCUGGAGCAGAUCAAAAGCUUUGCACUGAGACUUGCUGUAUAUGCCAAAGAGUUUCAUAACCUGAAGGAAACAUUUAUUGGGGAGGUACUGUUCCCAUGUGAAUAUGGUGAUUGGAAGUUGGACUACCCAUGUAAUUAUACAGUACAACUUACAACAAACAAAACUAAGUUUAGAAAGUGUCUUAGUGCUCAGGAUGUCUUCAGUCCCAGCAAAACAGCCACUCAGCUAAAAUCAGUAGGACAUAUUUUCAUCCUACUUCAGUAUCAGAGCUUGGCAAAUCGAAUUAAGGUGAUGGUUCGCAAAGCAGAGGACCUGGCAAAACUGACACGCAUGCCUGGCUCCCCAGGUACAUGUAUUAUCCAGAAUAUAAAUCAUUAUGUGAUUAUCCAUUUCUACUAUAAUGAUAAAAAAAUUGCCACGAAAGAAACCAAGUCUGCCAGUGGGUACAAUCCUGUGUGGAAUGCUCCUUUUCUAUUUGAUCUUCCUCCGGGUAAUAUUCAAGAUUUACAGGUGUCUCUGGAGUUUAUAGUAAUGCAGGGCCGGCUGUAUACUCGAAGCAGUAUGCUUGGUUGUGUGCUGAUUGGUGCAGAAGCUCCCGAGGCAGGGCAUGUACAUUGGAAAGAAAUGUGUAACCGGGGUCAUGUAGAAUCUGCUCGCUGGCAUACUAUCAAACCACGGAUGUUAUGAACUUUCUACUCUGCAACACUAUUAAUAGAAGGACUUCAUCAUGCAAUUAUGAAAUCACAGUAUAUUCAGAAUAUUCAAAUCCACUAUUUACUUAUCACCAUACAUUGGUUCAAUAAUUUAACUUAUGUCAUAACUCUGAUAUGGAUGUUGCGUAAUUAAGAAUAGGUAGGUUCUUCUCCAGCUUUACUGUUAACUGUGUACAUUCCUUUCUAACGAACUCUGCAUGAAUUAAACAACAUGGGGAUGAAUGGAUUACUUCACUCUAAUUUUACCAUGCAGUUUUAUUGAUUAAACCCUACAGCAUCACGAGUCCUGUUAUAAAACUUGAAUACUGUGUUUUUUUCCCCAGCUGGAAAGAUAUAAAGGAAAAUCUUCCAUUGAUCACAAAGAAAAAAGCCAAGAUAACAUUAGACAACAACACUAACAGCACUACAACAUAUACCAGCACACAUACAGACAUAUUUAUGGUACAACACAAUCCCUUUCUGGUUCCACACUUCAUGAAUGACCAAGUCACACUGUGGUCAAGCAGUGUCUGUAAAUAAUCAGCUUCUUGUCUUGAACUGAAAGGGCAAGACUGCUGUCUUUGUGCAAACCCUGUAAUUAAGUGGUCAUGCUAUCAGAAGUAUGAAACAUGAUACUGAUAAUACUGAAAGUUUGAAAAUUAACGUGUAAUUCUGACAAACAAAAAAAACAGCAAAUUUCAAAACUCACUCUUAAACUUUUAAAGUGUGUUUGUAGGGGGAACUUUACCCUUGCACCCCACCAACAAGAGAACCUGCAUCCCCCACCCCUGCUACCUAUAUACUAAUUCUGUGACAGCUGCACCUGGGAAUACUGGGGAAUACUCCGUGACACCGCACUCUCAGAAUUAAUAUAUAUUCCCUCUUUCACACAAUUUAUUUUCUGAAGAUCUCAGAUGCUGUCUGCAGUCUCUCAGAGGACACAUGAUCACAGCCAUCUUCUAUGAAUUCAAGUAAGCAUUUUUUUUUGUUCUGAGUGUCUUUGAGAAACUUUUUUUUAUUUCCUUUUGGCCCAGCCCCUUGCUGACCAUCGAUCUUGUACUCCCUAGUUACCCAAUAAAAUUAUUAAUUUCUCCAGGGAGGGACAGACAGAGAGAGACAUAUGACCCAUUACUUCCCUUGGGUGAGAGUCAGGAGCCAUCAUUCACAUAGUAGGGCGUGAGGUUUUGUGUUAAGCCCUACCAUCCCCCACAUAUAUUCAUAAGCAUUUAAGAGGUUGGAAUGCAAUGGGCCUUUACAAUGCAUAUCUACAUCCCCACAUGUUAUGUGAUCUUCUGGCCCCAUUCCUUUGAGAACAAGUGCAUUCAUAAUAUUCCCAGUUUACACUACAGAUUCAGCCUGUAAAGAAUGUGUAACGAACCUAUGCACCAACCACUCUACAAAAAGAGAGGGGAGCAGGUUAUACCUUAUUAUGCCACACUUCGCCCACCCUGUUAAAUGAAUCCAGGUCACCUAAAUCAUACGGCUAAGUCCCUUUAUGCCAUAGGAACUGUGUCUCUUUGAGAAACAUAAUUCACCAACACCAGAAGACACCUGUAGUUUUCUGUAUUAAUGCUUACAGAAAAUGCCUGUACACAGUUUGCUUAAAGAUGGACUUCCCCAUAAUAAAACAAUCUUCUUUAUGGUGUUAUAGUGCAGAAGCUAAAGGUGGCACUUAAGAAGUAAAAUUCAGAAAGAAAUAUACAUUUUCUUAAAUAUAAAGUGGGACAAAAUAACAGUAUGGUGGCUCAGUCAUUAAGAUCUUUGCUUUAUAUUUCCAGGGUCAGGGGUUCAGUUCUGACAUGCGGCCACUGUGUAGUGUUUGCAUGUUUGCUUUGGGUAUUCGGAUUUCUUCCCACCCCCAAUAAUAUUCAGGUUAAUUAGCUACUCUAAUCUACAUAUAUACACACACAAUUAUUUAUAUACUGAUAUAUAUAUCUUGUAUUUACCAUUGUUAUAGUGGCCUAGGGCAUGGUUGAAAAGAUUAUAUGAUGACCAAUUCACUUGUUUAGUUAACAAAUGAAUAAAUCAAAGUGAAAUGGAAUUUCACCGAAGAGAAGAACUUUCACAGAAGAGAAGCUCUCCCUAAUACCUGAAUCAAAACUACUUGCAGGCUUAGCAUUAUUCCACAACCGUAACUUAGUUAAGGCUGCUGAACCUCUGUUGCUAUUUGACAGAACCAGAAAAGGCAGUAGAGUGAAAGAAUGAUGCUGAACUUGGUUCAUUAAUAUACAAAUGCAGGUUGCCUAAUAGGUUUAUUGCGGCUUAUGGCAUUGUGAUAUUUGUGUGGCCGCUUUAGCAACUUGCUUGCAUAAUUUUACUGCAGCCUAGGAGAACAUGUUUUUUUGUAUGUCUGCAGUAUCUUUGCUUGCAAGAUUUAUUGCUGCCUGACAGACUGUGUUUUUUGUGUGACUGCCAUAGUCUCUCACAAAGGCUGAAUAACUUUAUGAAUUCUGAAAUAAUAAAACAAAUAUUUUGUUAUCUACAGAAUUUAUUAGAAUUAAACCAAAGAGUGUGCCAGUUUGUAGGACUAUAUGGGUACAUAGCCUCAUUUUUUUACAAAUUUUCCCAUGCAAUAUUGUCUUAGUUAUGUUACUGUUCAACUAAUGGCUGAAGGAAAGGUAACAAAAAUGCAAAAAGAUAAACUUAAAAUAAACUGCUUCCAAUGUAAAAUCAAGGUAUUUUUUAAUUUUCUUAGGAUGGCUGUUUGUCUGUAGUUAGCAACAAAUGCAAUAUGUAAUACCCAUGAUUAAAGUCAACAUUCCUUGAACAGAAA